AGCUUCAAUAAUUAAACCAUGAGAAGAGGUCCGUAUGGUAAGCCAGCUUAUAAAACCGACAAACAGUCAUCUAGCGUCUCAUUUCCAUCCCAAUUCUGUAAAGUGCAACAAAAACCACCCAAGGAACACAUAAUGGUUGUGAAGCGUACCCUACUCUAUGGCUUCAGCUUGCUGCAACAUCACUUCAACGUUGGUCACCCGUUGGAACACUUUUGUUUGCUGCGCUGCCUGGAUGUUGUUUCUCCGGCCAUGUUGAUUCAGCGUCCCCGCUCGGGUCUGGAGAUCGGCAUCAAGACGCUCAGCUUGAGUGUGCUGCUAACGCACGUGGUCGGGCUGGCGUACGACUUAACCCAGCAGGAAGACAUCCGCGUUGCGAUGGACAUCUUCUGCAUGCUGUCCCUGUUCUCAUCGCUCUUCGCUCGCAACACCUGCUUGCGCCAGUAUCAAUCGCACAUCAUCGCCAUGGAGCGGUUGGAUGCGAAUCCAGGCUUCGAAGUAGGCGUACCGUACGCCGAAACGAUUCGCCACCGGACAGUGACGCAAAACAAUCGCUAUCUCGGAUGGUACCUGGUGUCACACUUUCUCACCGUAACGAUAUACGUGACCCAGAACAUGGCGAUGCAGGGUUCGUUCGUCAAGAUCAUCACUCACUUUCCGAUUGAUCUGUCCGGGUACGCUCCGGCACUGGAUACGAUGACGCAGUUCUUUUACACCGUAGCCGGUUACGGUUGGGCUUGGUAUCAUGCGGCCGGCCAGCUGAUCGUUAUCGUGCUGCUUCGCUUCGCUAUCGCCGAGUUCCGAGUGUUCCUUCACUCGUUGGCUACGCUUGACGAGCAAAUUCACGACCGGCUGCUGCUGGAACUGGACGGCAACGAAGAGCGCGUCGUGCGAGAGCUGCUCUACAAGCACGCCCGUCAACACUCGCAGCUAAUCGUGGUAGUGAUGCAUCUUCGGGCGAUACUACGCAUCUACUCGCUGGUACACUUCUCCUUCUACAUGAUCAUCAUGGCUGCCUUCAUGGCGCGCGUACUUGUCAUACCCGGCAGCUCUUCGCUUGGCAUGGCCAUUCCCGUGCUGGUAACCAUUGUUUUCUUUCUGGAAACCUUUGGACUGUGCAUGCUCGUGGAAAAGCUGGUACAGUUGAAUCGUAGGGUAAGCGUUAAUCUGUACGGGUUUGGCUGGACGCGCUAUCUCCAGUACGGACACUCCAUCAAGCGCACCAUGAUGCUGAUGAUAAUGCAGGCAAACAAUACGAAGGAUUUUUCCGCCGGCGGGUUGACGACUGUAUCGGCCGAACUGUUUGCCAAAACGUGUCGGCUCGUCUACACCAUGAUGAUGGGCAUGGCUAAUUUAGCCACCUAAGUGGCGAGAAGGUCGAAAGGCGAAAAGGAAAGUAGGGAGCAAUCGAACUUAGUUUUUGCCUAAAUGUAGGCAAUGCGCAGUACACACCACUGUUAACAUCGUGUCAUAGAAUCUAUCGCUUGCUGUAUACGCUUUGUUAAGUAAACUCAAUCUUUAGUAUUGUUUCGUUAUCUUUUCCAGUUCU